GUGUCAAAGUCAAACUUUCUGUUGAUUUCGGAUGACUUGCUGUUUGCCUUUGGAAUUCUGUAAAAACAAAUUAAUUUAGUGAGGAAACUACCACCAUGAUGGAGUCAAUAGCAACAGAUUCCGGAAAAAUUGUGAAAAUGGAAGUGGACUACAGUUCCACUUGCGACGAGAAAAUCCCAGAGUGCCAGAAAAUUGCAAAGUCUGGAAAAUUGCACGAUGCUCUUGAGCAGCUUCUGACCUUGGAGAAACAAACCAGAACUGGAGCUGAUAUGAUCUCAACUGGAAGAGUUCUGGUUGCAAUUUGUCAGAUAUGCAAAGAGGCAAAAAACUGGACAGCCUUAAACGAUCAUAUCAUCAUGCUGACCAAACGCAGAUCUCAGUUGAAACAAGCUGUGACAAAAAUGGUGCAAGAAUGUUGCACGUAUGUUGAUGAAACUCCUGAUCAGGAAGCAAUGGUCAAGUUGAUAGAUACUUUGAGACAAGUAACAGAGGGUAAGAUCUACGUAGAGGUUGAGCGUGCUCGGCUUACGCACAGAUUAGCGAAAAUCCGUGAAGGAGAAGGAAAUAUCCAAGAGGCAGCCAAUAUUAUUCAAGAGCUGCAAGUGGAAACUUAUGGAUCAAUGGAAAAGAAGGAAAAAGUCGAGCUCAUAUUGGAGCAGAUGAGAUUGUGUCUAGCGAAGCAGGAUUAUAUCAGAACGCAAAUUAUUUCCAAGAAAAUUAACACCAAGUUCUUUGAGGAUGAUGGCACUCAGGAACUGAAAUUGAAGUACUACAGAUUGAUGAUGGAGCUCGACCAACAUGAAGGAUCUUACUUGGCAACAUGCAAGCACUAUAGGGCAGUGCUGAACACCUCAAGCAUCCAAGCCGAUGAAAGUGAAAGGCAAUCGAGUGCUAAGGCGGUUGUUCUGUACCUGAUUUUGGCUCCUUACGACAACGAACAGGCUGAUUUAACUCAUCGAGUCCUAGCUGAUAAGAUUUUGGAGGAAAUUCCUCUCUACAAGUCUUUAUUGAAGUUGUUCACCACUCCCGAGCUUAUCAAAUGGUCAGGGUUGUGUGAACUGUAUGAAAAAGAGCUGAAAUCCACAUCAGUAUUUAGUGGCGAUGAACAAGCCGUAAAGAGAUGGGAUGAUUUGAAAUCGCGAGUUGUAGAACACAAUAUCAGAGUUAUGGCUAAAUAUUACACUCGCGUCAAGAUAUCCAGGAUUGCAGAACUGUUGGAUCUGUCUCCUGGUGAUACUGAAGAAUUUUUGUCCAAUUUGGUCGUCAGCAAGACCGUCCAAGCAAAAACCGAUCGACCUGCUGGGGAAGUACACUUUCAACAAACCAAGGAUCCAAGCGAUGUGUUGAACGAUUGGGCGCGUGAUCUUUCUUCAUUAAUGCAAUGGGUCAACAAGACCACUCAUCUAAUUAAUAAAGAGGAAUGCGUUCACAAACAUUUGCAGGCAACGAAUGUAUGAGGGCAACACAAUCCGUCAUCUGGCUUUCAUUGUGAUGAUAAUAUUUCUUAUUUUUAGCGCAAAUGUUGCUGAAAAUUUGAAUGGCAAAGAAAAUGUUCAUCUCUUUUGUACCAAUGAAAGCUAAAUGACGGAUUUUCGCAUAACAAAUCUCUAGGCGUAAAUGGCCUUUAGCCGCCAAUGUUUCUUUUUGCGUGAUGUGUUUUAUAGGCAAUAGUUUAAUGAUUAUAUAUUGUCAUUUAAAACUCCGUUUUUGUGAAUUAUAUAAAAUUACUAAACUA